AUUGCAGUUAUGGAAUACCGAGAGUUUAUAAUUAUAAUAUAAUAAAAUAAAAUAAUAAAUAAUGGUCAGAAUUAUAAAUAAAGUUAUAGUUCUUAAGAACAUAUUUCCUUUAAACCGUAGAUUAUACCCAAGUAUAUUUUCGGUGCGUUAUAAGAGUUCUGAAAAGGAUGACCAGGGUGUAGAAGUGAAGAGGAUUAGGAAUUUUAGUAUAGUAGCUCAUGUCGACCAUGGGAAGAGUACUUUGGCUGAUCGACUGCUGGAGAUAACUGGGGUGAUCAAGCCGGGAGCAGAGCACGCACAGGUGCUGGACCAACUACAGGUAGAGAGAGAAAGAGGCAUUACUGUAAAAGCUGUGACAGCAUCACUGGAUUACACAUACAAGAAUGAAAAGUAUCUCCUGAACCUGAUAGAUACUCCAGGACAUGUUGACUUUUCCAAUGAGGUUGUAAGGAGUGUGUCAGCAUGUCAAGGAGUGAUACUUCUAGUUGAUGCAAAUGAGGGUAUUCAAGCACAGACAGUAGCUGUGCACAGUCUAGCCAAAAAUAACAACUUAGUCAUGAUACCCACACUAAACAAAGUAGAUCUCCCUAGGGCAGACCCAGAAAAAGUCAAAUCACAACUACAAUCACUCUUUAAAAUAGAUCCAGAAACGGUUAUGAGUAUCUCUGCCAAAAAAGGGUGGGGAGUGAAAGAGCUCUUAGAAGCAGUGAUAGAAAGAAUACCUCCACCAUCUGUCAAAUCUGAAGGCCACUUUACUGCACACAUAAUUGACACAUGGCAUGAUAAAUAUAGAGGUGUACUUUGUUUGGCUUACAUACAUUCUGGUAAAGUGCAAGUUGGGCAAGCGGUGAGAUGGAGAUCUGAUACUAAACCACACCAAGUGAAGUACUUGGCAAUGUUGCGGCCGAGUGAGCAGCCAGUGGAGUCGGCUGUUGCAGGCCAAGUUGUGAUGGUGGGCUGCGGCCCCAAAGGCGGCGGGAGCGUAGGCGACCAGCUCCUCUCAGUUGACGUACAAAACACAUCAGAGCUCGCAGAGAUUCCACCAGUUAAGCACAUGGUGUAUGCAGGAAUCUUCCCAGCCGACCAAUCGCAGCAUCCUCUGCUCAGCGACGCCAUCAAGAAACUGGCUCUUAACGACUCGGCCGUCAGCGUUAAAGCUGAUUCCAAUCCCGCGCUAGGUCAAGGCUGGCGCGUGGGUUUCCUGGGCCUGUUGCAUCUAGACGUGUUCACCCAAAGACUGCUGCAAGAAUACAAAGCAGAGGCCAUCUUGACAGCGCCAUCUGUCCCCUACAAGAUAAAAGUAAAAGGCGCUAAAAUUGUCAAGCAUUAUAAGGGCGAUGAAGUUAUUAUUACUAAUCCCCUGAUGUUACCAGAACCUCAUCAUAUAGAAGAAUAUUACGAGCCGUUGGUUAUAGGUACUAUAAUAACCCCCGUGGAAUACAUUGGCUCCGUGACGACGCUCUGUAUAGACCGCCGCGGCACGCCGCUGCCAUCCAACGCGGUCGACGAAAGAAUGACCAUGCUGCAAUUCAUACUGCCCCUGUCCGAGGUCGUCAUAGAUUUCCACGACACGCUCAAAAGCAUCACGUCCGGGUUCGCGAGCUUCGAUUACCAGGACCACGGGUUUCAUGAAAGCUCGCUUGCAAGGAUGGAUAUCCUUAUCAAUGGGGUCUUAGUCGACGAACUUUCAAGUAUAGUGCACACCAGCCGUCUAGAAUACACUGCUAGGAGACUCACGGAGAAACUUAAGGAAAUGAUUCCGCGGCAAAUGGUUCAGGUUGCCAUUCAAGCUGUAGUGGGAGGAAAAGUGUUUGCAAGAGAAACAUUAAAAGCUUACAGAAAGGAUGUCACAGCAAAAUUAUAUGGUGGCGACGUAACUCGCAGAAAAAAAUUGCUAAAGCAACAAGCUGAAGGAAAGAAGAAAAUGAGAAGUGUUGCCAACAUUAAAAUACCAAGAAACACCUUCAUUGACGUGCUCAAGAGAUGAUCGGCUUCCAUUAUUGAGAUUGUGUAAAUAUUUCAGUUUUUAGUUAUUUAGACCAAAUUCAUCAAGUAGGACACAAAACGAGCCGCCUCGCGAGGAAAUUGCCGCGCGAAGCAACUUGGUCUGUGUACACGUGCCUCGGCAGUAUUGCCGUAAUCACAAUUGAUUUUUUUUAAAUAUUGCUAUGACGACCUACACUAUCGUAAUAGGCUUUUUUCCUAUAUAUUCAAAUUCAAAACGAUUUGUGACGACAAAGUGAAUGUUGUGUAAUGCGGAUAGAGAUAAAUAAAUACAAAGAUUUAUAAAAAUAUAGGUAUUUUAUUAAAAAUGCCGAUAUUAUAGGGUCAUUGCAUAGUAAACAUCACAAAAUAUCGACUUAAGGCAGUCUACUUUGCUACAUGUAUAUUUGAAGCUUAAAAUACACUGAUAGGUAUCAGAGACCCGAAUAUUCGUGACAGUUUUUAACUUUCGUAGUGACUUCACAUUAAAGAACUUCAAAUAUAAAAUAAUCAAAUUUAUAUAUUUUAUAAAGUAUACAACAAAUGUAUCAUUGAAAUGAUUUUCGGCGUCCGAAAUUAAAGUACUACCCCUGGAUUAUGAAUUUUGAAUGAAACAGGAAUGAAACUAUGUAUUACAAGUCUACUUCACAAUUUUUUUUAAAGUUAAGUAUUACAGAAAAAUAAUGGUUUUAAUAUGAAGUGACAUGAAUUUAUUCAUAAUAAUUAUAAUAUAUUAGUAAAGCUGUAAAUCGAUGUUUAAAACAUAUUGAAUCGAGUAAAAUGUCGACAUAAUUAUGAAAUCGAUAAAUUAGACUUCACAAAGACCUUUAAAAAAUGCCACCAAUAUUCCGAUCUCUGCUGAUUUUAUAUACUUUACAUAUGGAUAAACUGCAAAAUAGGGCACUAAAACUAAGAAAAUAAUUAUACACGUCAGUCGGACCAACUCAUAAGAAUAACUAUGAAAAAAGGCGUUCCAAUAUCGUAAUUUUUAUUUUAACAAACACUUUAGCUCUUUAUAUAGGAAUUACCUAGGUACAGUCACCUGCAAUAAUAUGUUACACAACGAAGGCCGCAAAAAUAUCUGACACGAUAUUAUGUGUAGUCAUAAGAGCGUGUCAUAUAUUUUUGCGGCCUUCGAAGGGUAACAUGUUAUUGCAGGUGACUGUACUUAAUAAGCUGAGUAACAACUCAGAAAUGAUCUAUUUCAAAUAUCAUUUUACAGACACAAGACAAUUAUAUGUAUAUUUGUAACAAAUUACUCGUACGAUGAUAUGAUGAACAUAUUUUAUCUCAAUGAGUAUCAUUAUUCUACAGAUGGCUCUUUAAGUGCGGGCCCUGCGUCUGCGCUAUAGACAUAUUGUACCUUGUAUAACAUAUAGGGCCCUAUUCACCAACGGACUGAGUCACCAUACAUUGAAAAAAAUCAUUUUAGAAGUAAAAGGAACGCACAUUUGGAAUACUUGUUAGUUUGUUAAUAACUUUGGUGUAAUUUUAGCCAAGAUAUAUUAUGUCAAUAAAAUGUGGUCAAUUAGUUUUU